UUCCAUUCGCGAAGAUGGCGCUAGCUCUGCGGCUCCUCCUCGCGUUCCUGGCAAUCGGGCCCUGCAUAGCUGCUGAUCACAUCGACUUGUGGCCGAUGCCCAAGACGGUGACCCACGGGACGCAGAGGCUCUACGUCAGCAACAACGCCACCAUGUCGAUGGCGGGAAGCAAGUACUCUGAUGACAAGGCCAUCCUCAAGGACGCCUUCCAGAGGAUGCUUGAUUUGCUGAAGCAGAACCACAACGCUGACGGUGCAAACCCAAGCUCCUCCCUGCUUAUUGGUGUUAACAUAGUCGUCCAUUCACCGGGGGAUGAGCUCGGCUUUGAGGUAGACGAGUCAUACAACCUGACUGUUCCUACAAUAGGGGAACCAUUGCAUGCACAGAUUGAGGCUCAAACAGUUUUUGGAGCACUUCACGCCUUACAGACAUUUAGCCAACUGUGUCACUUUGAGUUCACAUCAAGGCUUAUUGGACUCAACUCAGCUCCGUGGAUGAUUAGUGAUGCGCCCAGAUUUCCUUACCGAGGCCUUCUUAUUGAUACCUCAAGGCAUUAUCUUCCUCUCACAACAAUUAAACGAGUGAUUGAUGCAAUGACAUACAGUAAACUGAAUGUUCUCCAUUGGCAUAUCGUGGAUGAGCAGUCAUUUCCGAUUGAAAUACCUUCAUACCCAAAACUGUGGAACGGUUCAUACUCUUAUUCUGAGAGAUACACAAUGUCUGAUGCCAUCGACAUUGUACGAUAUGCUGGAAAACGAGGUGUAAAUGUCUUGGCUGAGAUUGAUGUUCCUGGACAUGCUCGCUCAUGGGGUGUUGGCUACCCAGAACUGUGGCCAUCAGAUAGCUGCAGAGAACCGCUUGAUGUCAGUAACAACUUUACCUUCAAAGUUAUUGAUGGUAUUCUUUCAGAUUUUAGCAAGGUUUUUAAAUUCAAAUUUGUCCACUUAGGAGGUGAUGAAGUCAACACAAGCUGCUGGACUGCAACGCCCCACAUCAAGGAAUGGUUGAAUAAUAACCAUAUGAAUGUGUCUGACGCAUACAGAUAUUUUGUGUUGAGAGCCCAAAAGAUAGCAAUAUCACAUGGAUACGAUGUCAUUAACUGGGAAGAAACGUUUAACAACUUCGGAGAUAAGUUGGACCGUAAAACCGUGGUGCAUAACUGGCUUGGGGGUGAUGUAGCACCAAAAGUGGUUGCUGCAGGGCUGAGAUGCAUAGUAAGCAACCAGGAUAAGUGGUACCUAGAUCACUUGGAUGCCACAUGGGAAGGAUUUUACCUGAAUGAACCCCUGAAAGGAAUCAACGACCCAGAACAGCAACGGUUGGUUAUUGGUGGUGAGGUUUGCAUGUGGGGAGAGCAAAUUGAUGCAUCAGAUAUUGAACAAACUAUUUGGCCACGCGCUGCAGCAGCUGCAGAGAGACUGUGGAGUCCACGUGAGCAGAUUGCUGAUGACACCAGGUCAGCCACAUCAAGACUAUCACGCUUCAGGUGUUUGCUGAAUCAGAGAGGGGUAGCUGCUGCACCAUUAGCUGGCAAUGGUCGUACAGCACCAUAUGAACCUGGUCCCUGUGUAAGGCAAUAGGAUAUUCAUAGCAAAAUUUGAAGUAGCAUUCAAAGAGGAUACACAUCAUUUCACAAGUGUUAGUUCAGCAUUAUGAAUCUGAAGUAGUUAUAUGGUUGUGUAGACUAUAGAAGAUUUCAGUGAGUCCUUACUCUUCUUUAUGUAUUUUUGCCCAUCUCCAAUUUUCCA